GCUCCCUCCCCUACAGGACACACAGACACAACGACCCGCACACUGAGACACAGACAGAGUGAGAGAGAGUCCGUUUCAUGUGAGGAUGAGAGGGCCCCGCAGCUGAAAGCUGGGAAAGGGGCCACUGGGGUCCGGGAUCUUGAGGGCCGCAGGGAGGCAGCAGGGGGGCCCAUGCGAUGUGAGUGAGCUAUGCAUUUUGGAAAUGGCCAUUCUGCAGCCCAGAGGAAAGAUGGCGCCUCCCCCCCUAAACUGGGACUGCGGCUCUGCCCCCUCUUCCUUCUCCUUCUGGGGCUCGGAUCGGGGGCAGCUGCAUGGUGCCAGCCGUGCCCGGAGAACUGCACUUGUGCCAACGGUUCGGAGCCCGCAUCCUGCCUGGUGAACUGCUCUGGCCGGGGGCUGCUGGGGGCUGAGGCUGCCCCUCUGGAAGUCACUGCGCUGGACCUGUCUUAUAACAGUAUUAAAUCCCUGGAUAAAGAACUAUUUGAAAACCUGCACUUUCUUAGGGAACUGAAUAUCAGUAACAACCAGAUUUCCACGCUGGAAGAGGGGAUAUUCUCCAGUUUAUUAAACCUAAGCGUGAUAGACCUGAGUGACAAUCCUUGGCUGUGUGACUGCCACCUCUACUGGCUCCCGUGCUGGGUUAGGGACGUUGGUGUUUCAGUUCAGCAGGAAAACUCCACUCUCUGUGACCAGCCCUCGGCGUUGGCCGCUCAGCCCUUGCUGAAUCUCUCCUUCCCCGGGUCUUGUGCUGAUUUCAUAGCUUGCCCGGACAACUCAUCCAUCCACAACGAAUCAGUGCUGAUUUUCACUCCGUACAAUUCGGCAAGCGUCAAUAAUGUCAGUGAUGAGUUCUGCAGCGCCCUCUGCUUUGUUGAUCAGUAUACCCAUGGAGCUGUGGGCCCACAAAAUGGCUGCCUGUGCGGCUGUGCCCUUGCUUCCAAUACAUCCUCCAGCUGCCAUGCACUGUGUGAGGCCUCAUCUUCUCUCUCUAACUGCAACCUGACCAUCGUCCAUGAUGUUUUCAGAACUCAGCUCUCUGCAUCGGUUAACCAUUUUAAGGAGACCUACAGUCUGGUAGAAGCAGUGGAGCUGCAAGUCGAGGCUCCAUCUCCCAUUACACCUUGUCACUGGGACUUUGGAGACCAAACAGUCAAUAGCACGGAGAGUAACAUGGUCCACCGAUAUGCCUUGCCCGGCCUCUAUAAUGUGACUGUCACUUUGGUGGUGGGCGACAGAGAUGUCUUGGUAAAUAAUAAAGUCCAUGUGGUUGGGUUACCUGAAGAGCUUCAGUUGAUGUGCCCGUCGCUGGUGAGAACCAAUGAGACCCUGACGGUCAAUGUGUCGAGCAGAGGCGGAACGGAAUUGACGGUUGAAUACAAUGUAACAUCAGAGGGCGGAGAAGAAGUGUUCUACAUGUGCCCACCAGGGAGUGUUCGCUUCUCUGGGAAUAAUCACUGCUACCAGCUGGUUUCAGAAAAGGCAGGAUGGUUCGAGGCACGGAAGACCUGCGAAGACUUAGGCCACGGGAACCUGGCCAUUGUACGCAGUGAUGACGUGCGAAACUUCCUCUCUAAUAUGAUCAGCCCGCAGCUCCCUAUGGAUUUGUGGAUCGGUUUCAAUGACUCCGGGAGGAACUUUACUCUAGAGAGCUGCCAGAAUUGGCUUCCGGGGCAACCUGAACCCUCCCAGGCCGAUCGAUGUGUCAUGAUGGGACGUAGUGGAGUCUGUAACACGGAUCUGUGCAGCAGCAAGCACAGUUAUGUGUGUGAAUAUAAACCUCAAGACCUUCAGUUGAACGCUGAUUACUUUGUGCUGGGAUCACUAUCUGGUGAAUCGCGACCCCUGAAAAACUUGCAAAGAAGCAACAACCUGUCUCUUCCCUAUGGAAACGAGGUAGAGGUCCUUGUGUUCCCUGGAGUUCAAUUUGCCCAGGAUGUGUAUUUGUCAGCACUGGAGCUGGAAGCCAAAGAGCUGCAGAGAUCCGUUCAGAUGAAGUUUCAGGUCUAUUUACAAGAUGACAAUUAUGAAUGCAACGCAGAUACGCCGACUUCCUUGCCUAUCAUUCAGGAUGUAAAACAAAGCCAAUCAGAGUGCGAAGAGGGGCACGAAACGUCCAAUAGCACAAACAGCAGUUUACCCUUAGGAAGUGGGUGUGCUCCUGCUAAGGAGAUUGAAUAUACCACUCCUGCCUCCCCACAGCCUGGCAUUGGUUCUCCUAGCUAUGUCUUGCAGCGAGAGCUCAACCUUGUUAUUCCUCCGGGGAACGCCACCAACUACCUGGCAUUGUUUGAUGAUCUAAGAAUCCAAGUGAGCCCCAAUCACCUCUUUGUUGUACAACAUGAUGGCCCAGAUGGUGGAUUCCUUUAUUGCUACCCUAAUAAAUCUGGUGUUCGCAUGUUCAGCUUGUCUCAGUGGAUCAGCUGCAUCCCAACUAAUGUCUUAGGAGAUGCCACCGACGUCAACGUGGCAGGUGAUUGGUCAGGAAGGAGCGGGCAAAUGGACAGUAACUUCUGCUCCAUGAGACUGACUGGGACUUCAGAAGUAAAAGCUCCGAUUCUGGACCCAAACCCUGGUCUGGCUUGGCCUGGUCACUACGUAGUCACAGCAUUCUUCAGCAACCAAGAGUUCAAGGCCAACAGAUCCUGCACCUUCCAAGUUGCCUCACCAGUGUCAGGUCUACAGGCCGUCUAUCCAGUUUCACAGCAGGAUAUCAUUUACCUUCCCUCCAACAACACCGUUCUUGUCCUGAAGAUCCUCUCCGGGUCCAACGCAACCGCCUCUUGGUCUGGAAGCAAUGAGAGCUGGAGCUUUCAGCCGACAUGUCCUCCUUCCAUCGCUGCCUUCACUGACGUGUGUACUGAGGGGGAAGAUGUUUGGUAUUCUGAGAUUAACCUGGAUGGGCGUGGAAAGAACUUCUUAGAUGUUGUCAUUAUAGCGCAGAACAUGAUAAACUCACAGAACCUCAAUGUCAGUGUGAAAAUCGAAGAACCCAUCCGGGGAUUAAGUGCUAGCCCUUUCCCUCAGACCAGAGUGCUGGUCAACACUAAAGUGAUUAACGUGGCCUCGGUGGAAGCCGGCACGAACGUGUCAUUUAAAUGGACAGUAGACGACAAGCCGUCUUUCACUUACCAUAAUGUGGUGUUCAAUGUCAUCUAUCAGUCGGCGGCGGUGUACAAGCUCACGCUCUCGGCCUCGAACCACGUCAGCAAUGCCUCUGUAAACUACAACGUGACUGUCGAAAAAAUGAACCCCAUGAAAGACCUUAUGGUUUUUGGGGUGCCACUUAUUGCCACCCAGAAUGCUUUGCUAGAGUUGUCAGCCAUUAUACUUGUGGAUUCAGCUGUGGAUGCAACAUUCAAUUGGACAUUUGGAGAUGGUACGAACCAGGUUUAUCAAUACUCGCCUCCAUACAACCAGUCCUUCUCAGUACCCAACCCAUCUGUCUACCAAGUUCUCAUAGAGAAUAACGUCACACAUGCCUAUCGGGAAGCAGGAGCUUACAACAUAACGGUCUGUGUGUCCAACAUGCAUGAAAACCGCUCUCAGCUGAUCCCCCUGCAAGUUCAGAGCAUCCUGACCAACCUCUCAAUAACAGUGGAGGCAGUUCUAGUGAGCGGCCAGCAAGCCAUAUUCCAAGCCGAAGUAGAGCCGUCAGCAUUUGAGGUUCAGUAUGACUGGGAUUUUGGCGACGGGACUGAAGAAUUUAAUGUCAGUGACCCAACUGUGAACCACACCUACCUAAGCAGGGGGGCCUACAGUGUCAAGGUAACGGCCAGGAAUUACCUAAGUGAAAUAUCCUCCAGUGAGAUCUUCCAGGUCUUUGAAGAGAUAACUGGACUGAAUGUUUCCUCAGAUGAACCCACAGAAAGAGGCUUGCCAACCAUUGUAAAUGCCUCAGUAGAAACAGGAGAUAACAUCACAUGGAUCUUCAGCAUGGGAGAUGGCAAAGUUCAGGUGGGCAUUGAGCCUGUGAUAAAGUAUGUAUUUCCAAAAGAUGGAAAUUACACGGUCAACGUAACCGCCACUAAUCCAGUGAACUCCGUUUUUGAGACUCUGAAGGUUCAUGUCUACGUCUUACAAGUUGUAAGAAUUGAGCCCUCUGGCUGCAUACUGGAGAGCCCUAAUGUUACACUAACCGCUGAAGUAACAGGAGACUAUGAAAACUAUACCUUUAACUGGACCUUUGGCAAUGGUUCUGACAUCAUUACCACUCUCGGCGUGUCAUCAGUGGAGUAUAACUUCUCGACCAGCGGCGUUUUUCCACUCUCCCUCAUUGUCUCUAGCCAAGUGAACAAGGCGUACUAUUAUACCAAUGUCUGCGUAGAGCCUGAAAUUGUCAAUGUUACCCUCUUGCCAGUGAGUCAGUUUGUGGGGCUCGGCAACGAGAGCUACUUUCAGGUCACAGUCUUUCCUUUCUAUCAGUACAGAUACAUUUGGGAUUUUGGAACAAAUUGCUCCAAGCAAAGCAGCGGGACUGAAGCACGUCACAGGUACAAGGUUCCUGGCGUGUAUGUCGUCACUGUUUCGGUCUUCAAUAACGUGUCUUCCAAUAAUGACACAGCCUUAGUCGAGGUUCAAGAACCAGUGGAAACAGUCUUGAUUACGUACAAUGGUACGAAGGAUCUGGAGCUCAAUCAGACCUACCAGUUUACAGCUGUCAGUAACGGGACAAAAGUCAGACACAACUGGGAUUUUGGAGACGGCAACACUCAAGAGGGUCAGAUAGUAACUCAGGUUUAUAAAAGCACCGGCAGCUUUACAGUGAGCCUAAAUAGCUGCAAUAAUGUCAGCAGCAGUAAGACCAGUCUUAAUGUCACGGUCAUGUCACGGAUCCAGGGACUGACCAUGAGUGCUAACUGGACCGUGGUGCCAUUAAACAGCUCUGUAAGUUUCACCGCUUUCCUCCUUGAAGGAGACAACGUCCGUUACUCAUGGAUUCUGUGCGACCGCUGUACCCCAAUGCUUGGUUCCUCCACUAUUAUUUAUACCUUCCGCUCUGUUGGUACAUUUAAUGUGAGCGUCACAGCUGAGAACAAUGUCAGCGCCCAACAAUUCAGCGUCGUUAUAUAUGUCUUGGAAGCCAUUGAAGGACUCCAUAUUGUGACAAGCGAUUUGGUAAAUGACUGCUGUUUCCCGACCAAUCGAAGUCUUCUCCUCCAGGCAGAUGUGGUAGAGGGAACUAACAUCUCCUACAGCUGGAUCAUUCUGAGGAACGACCGUGCAAUUCAAAGUGGCUCUGGGAAGAACUACCAGUUUACCAGCAUCGAAGCUGACGUUUAUACUAUUGUACUAAAAGCAACCAACAUGCUGGGAAAUAGUACUAUUAGCAAACAUAUUGAGUUCAUAGAGACAAUUGGCCAGAUGAAACUCUUGGCAUUCCCUAACCCCUCUGCUGUUAAUGCCAGUGUUAACAUAAGUAUGGUUCUGAGCAGUGGUUCUGGAGUGACGUACUCAUGGUAUUUGGAAGAAAGUGUCAUCUGGUUCACCUAUGAAUCGUCUGUCCUCUAUCGUUUUAAUAGCCCUGGUGUCAAGGAGGUUUUUGCUGUGGCCAACAACACCUUGGGCUUAGUCAACUCAACAAUCUUAAUCUUUGUUCAAGAGCCAGUGGAAGGGGUAUCUAUUUCAGUCAUGGAUCACAGAGGGGAUCAUAUACCCACAGGGACCAUCUUGUGCCUAAAUGGUAAUGUUCAGAAAGGUACCAAAGUCUCUUGGUCUUGGGAUCUUCCGGAAGGCACAAAAGAAGGCAGGAGAGUAACAGUGCCUUUCACUGAAGCCGGUUUCUAUGUUAUCACUCUGAAUGCAUCCAAUGACGUUAGCUGGGAAACUGAAAGCAAAAACAUAAUUGUUCAGGACAGGAUCCAAGGACUGAAGUUGUUGGUCAGCAAAAAAGUGGUGGAACCUGGAGAGAAGGUCAACUUCACGAUCGACAUGACUGCCGGCUCCUCUGUUACCUACAAGCUUACGAUUAAUGGAGAUUACUCAAUUUUACUGAACAGCACCACUUAUACCCAUGAGUUCACCAAAAUUGGUGGUUAUCCGGUUACUGUAGUUGCCCAUAAUGAAGUUAGUGAAGAAAGGGACACGGUGAUGAUUUCUGUCCUUGAAGCAAUAAGGGACCUGACAAUAGUUAAUUGCUGUGAGGGUGCAAUGCCAGUUGGAGUAGAGAGGAGCUUCAUAGCGGAGGUCAGCAAUGGCUCCUUAGUUGCGUACACUUGGCAGUUUGAUUUACAGGGUCACUCCACCACCAGCCUAGCAGGCAAAAAUGUCACCUACACCCCAAGGGCUGCUGGGCUUCUGACAAUUCAUUUGAGUGCUUUGAAUGACUUGGGGGGUCUGAACAUAAGUAAAAUCAUCAGAGUCCAAGAGAUGAUCGAGGAGGGGAGACUGAAACCAGUAAACACCUUUGUCAACAGAAGUGUCACUUUCGAGGCAAUCGUUUUACCAAGUUCUAAAGAUGUUGUUUUCCUGUGGAUGUUUGGGGAUGGGACACCCGUUCAGAUAACUUACUUUGGACAGGCCAAUCAUACCUAUCACAUGCCUGGGGACUACCUGAUCAAGGUAAAUGCCUCUAACCUGAUUAAUUUUGUAAUUUUCCACUUGACCGUCACCACCCGGGUCUUGGAGUGUCAAGAACCUUUAGUCAAACUGGCACUGCCUCCUCAAGUCAUUAUGAGACGUUCACAAAGGAAUUACAUUGAAGCAGAGAUUGACCUGCACAAUUGCUUCAGCUAUCAAACCAAGCACUUGUGGGAGAUCUACAGAGCAGCCAGCUGCCUGCACUACCAAGAACCGGACAAAGUUAAUCUCCAGAACGUUGAUUUAAGCCGACCACAGCUAGUGAUACCCAAGCUGGCACUGGAUAUCGGAGACUAUUGCUUUGUCUUCUCUGUGACCUUUGGAGACACGCCUCUGUCAAGGAACAGCCUUGCCAACGUUACCAUGAUGCCCAGCAAGUUGGUGCCCAUCAUUGAUGGCGGCUCUUACCGUGUCUGGUCCAAAAGCCGCGAUCUUGUGCUGGAUGGAAAUAAGUCCUAUGACCCAAACCUGGUAGAAAGUAGCCAAACACCACUGAAAUACAGAUGGUCUUGCACAUUCACAAAGAACUCAGAAGCUAUCAGAUGCCCCUUGGAGUUCAGUUCUGAGUUUGGCUUUAUGGCCAUUCCCAAAUCCAUGUUGCAAGCAGAGGUGGAGUAUACGUUUUUCCUGACAGUCAGCAAACCUGGCAUGAACUCUGAAUCCACCAAUCAAACGGUGUUGAUUAAAAGGGGGACUGUGCCCAUCGUGUCCUUGAAGUGUGUGUCAUGCAAGGCCCAGUCGGUGUAUGAAGUCAGCGCCAGUUCAUAUGUUUACUUGGAGGGCCGCUGCACAAACUGUCUGGAUGACUCCUGGUCUGCGAGAUGGACAGCACAAAGCUUUGACAACAAGACCCUGCCGCUAGAUUCAAGCACCACAUCUACAGGGGACCGGGAGAUGAACCUGGUACUAAGGCUGGGAGCGCUGAAGGAUGGGCAGGGAUACACGUUUACUCUUCAUGUCAUUCACCCUUCCAUGGAUGAAGAGGGGUUCGCUUCUAUUGAUCUGCUCCCAAACAGCCCUCCUUCUGGGGGAUCCUGUACCAUAGCCCCCAAUGGGACUGUUCACGCUCUGCCAGGAAAGAUCCAUUUUGAAUGCACAGGCUGGCGAGAUGCAGAGGAUGAGGCUGGCUCCCUUGUGUUUAGCCUGAUAGUGAGGCGUUGCAAGCCGGGUCACUGCGAGGAAUUCUGGGUGUACAAGGGAAGUCGGUCAGAACACAGCACCCACCUGCCUACCGGAUUCCACGAGUCAGAUUUUGCAGUUGAUGUGUCCGUGGUGGUGCAGGACCAGCAGGGGGCAGCCGCUGUGGCUUUAAACCGGUCCAUGAAUGUUUUACUGCCUGAUGUCUCUGAAGGCUUUAGCAGCCUUACCCAUUGGCUGAGGAACCAGACAGAGUCCACCCUGCACGGUUUGCUGAUACAGGGUGACCCCCAGCACGUCACCGAGUUCUCCCUGGCUCUCAUCACUAUCCUUAACGAGUAUGAAAGUAUGAAUUAUGAAGUGGAGCCAGACCUCCAUAUUGUUCGCCAGAACAUCACAGAAGCCCUCAUUUCUUUGAAAGUAAAUACGGUGGAUGAUAUACGAAAGAUCGCUGCCGCUUUAGCCCAGUGCACGGUUGCCAGCAAGAAGCUGGAGUGUGCAGCCUGCCAAGUACACACACUGAGCAAACUGGAAACCAUGAUGUCCAUCUUGCAGAAUGAGACCACUCAGGGAACAAUGACUCCCACCACCAUCGCCGACAACAUCCUUAAUAUCAUGGGAGACCUCAUUCACCUGGUCAAUACCAACCCUCCCAGAUACAAACACGGCAAACUGUGUGCUGGAGACAAAUCCUUGGCGGUGGCCUCUAAGGCGUACAAUCUUUCAUCUGACCUUAUGCGGAUCCUCAUGAAGUCUAGGGUGCUCAAUGAGGAGCCUCUGACCCUCCAAGGAGGAGAGAUCUUGGCACGGGGCAAGCGUUCUGACCCGCUCAAUUUGCUGUGCUACAGUAACCAGACAGGCUGCCAGUUCUUUAUUCCCCAUGGAUUUAACAGCGCCCUACCUGACUUGACAGAUAUAAUCCAGGUCAUGUUCCAAGUGGACUCCAAUCCAUAUCCUUACGGUUUCAUCACUGACUACACAGUGUCCACCAAAGUAGCCUCCAUGGAGUUCCACACCAGCAAUGGCAGCCAGAUCCCUGUCGAGAGCUUGGACUCUGAGAAGGCCAUCACCGUCCGUAUCGACAACAACUCAGGAGACCGGAAUAUAACAGCUGGUGUGGCCACAAUAGAACGUCGCCGCUCUGUGAAGGUGGAUGUAGAGGCGAACAGCAGUAAUGGGAAUGCAAGGCUUCACAUACAAGUCACCUAUGUGGUCCAAGAUGAUCGGUAUGUGCUCAGUGAACCAGAGCCAUUUAUCACGGCUUACUUGCAUGAAUCGGGCCACCCCAACCAGUACAAUUGCACUGACAUGAAGCAGAUUGGGAUGAAGGAUUUAUCCAGACAGGAUCACAAGCUUUACACAUUCUUCUUAGUGCCAACGACUGGGAACCAUUCCAGGCACUAUUAUCUAAACAUCACCAAUCAUUACAUGUGGACCUCAGUGGAUGUGACAGUAGGCUUAUACACAUCCCUGUGCCAGUACUUUGAUGGGAACGAGAACAAGUGGAGCACAGAUGGGGUUUUUCCUCUAAAUGACACCCGACCUGGCCAGGCAGUGUGUUUGACUCGGCACCUCACCGCUUUCGGAGCCAGCCUGUUUGUCCCACCUCAUUCGGUUGUUUUUAUCCACCCACCUCCUCCUCCUGGGAUAAACUACAUUGUCCUACUCACCUGUGCAGUCUGUUUCGUCACCUACUCGGUGGCCACUAUCAUCGUUCACAAGCUGGACCUGCUAGAUGUAAAUAAAGCCGGGGUUAUCCCUUUCUGUGGCAAGGCCGGAUCCUUUAAGUAUGAGGUCCUGGUGAAGACUGGAUGGGGCCGUGGCUCGGGUACAACAGCGCACGUUGGCAUCAGCCUUUAUGGAGUAGAUUACAAGAGCGGCCACAGGCACCUAGAUGGAGACAACACUUUCCAUAGGAACAGUGUGGACAUCUUCCAGAUUGCAACAGAGAAGAGCUUGGGGAACGUGUGGAAAAUCCGCCUUUGGCAUGACAAUAAAGGGCUGAGUCCAUCCUGGUACGUGCAGCACGUCAUAAUCCGAGACCUUCAGAGCAAAAAGGAAUACUUCUUCCUGAUGAACGACUGGUUAUCAGUGGGGCGGGAAGAGAGCGGGCGCAGAGUAGAGAGAGAAAUCUUUGCUGCCAGUGAGAUGGAGCUGAAGCGGUUCUCCCGGAUCUUUGUAGCAGAGGUGCAGCGGGGGGUUUCCGAGAAGCACGUUUGGCUGUCGAUGUGGGAUCGGCCUCCACGCAGCCGUUUCACCCGAGUUCAAAGAGCCACUUGCUGUGCUUUGCUCAUUUUCCUCUUCCUCUGUGCCAAUGCUGUAUGGUACGGAGUGGUCGGAGACAAGGAGCUUGGGGAUGGCGCCGUGUCACAGCACGUCCCUCUAAGCGUGGAUUCAGUGGCUGUAGGGAUGGUGACUAGUGUAUUGGUGUAUCCUGUGUACCUGUUUAUCCUCUUCCUCUUCAGACGGGCCCGAAGCAAGACCUGCGUCAGACAGUCCCUCUCAUACUUUGACCAACAGUCUCUGGAAAUUGAUAAUUACUUGGAUGUGAUGGAAAGCUCCUUUAUAUCAUACACUGGAAUCCAUGGAGAGGCUUUUUCAGACCAAACCAAAACAGAUAUACCUAUAGAUGAUGCAAAGAGCUUCAUCCAGUGGAAUAGCAAUGAAGGAAUGCUCAGCUGGCCAGACCUGCUUAGCGAUCCCUCUAUUAUGGGAAAUACCAUUCAGAAGCUGGAGAGGCGCAGAACCAUCCGAAACCUAGGAUUCGAUGUCAGCUCCCACCCCAGUGAAGACGAUAGUGUGGUGCUUGGUCUUCCUCAUUCCCUGGCUCGCCAGUUUCUGGCCUCAGAUGGAGCCAGUAGCAUGUCACUCCCACGGGACCUCAGGCGGAUCUCCAGAACAGAAACCGACCUACUGUCAGACCUAUCCAACCCAUUUGGAGAUAAGACAGAGACCAUAAUAUUGGAGAAGUUGAAUGAGAAGGGUCAGGCAGUGGCCGGCCAUGCCAAAGAGAUGACAAGAUCGCCCAAGUCUACUAGAACAGUGAUCACAGACGCUUUCCAGAGACGCAGAGAGAUGCUGCCUUCGUGGUGUGCUCGUGUCGCUCACGCUCUCAGCUGCUUCCUACUGCUUUGCUGCUUUGCAGUUAGCUCCUGGAUUGGAGUUGGCUUCACCUCCAGCGUGGGCCUCAUGUGGCUCAUCUCUGGUAUCUUCAGUUUCCUCUGCUCUUUUUUCAUACUGGAGCCCCUAAAGGUUCUUUUUGAAGCCCUGUACUUUGCUUUGGUUGCGAAACGCCUGCAUCCAGAAGAAGAAGACACUCUGGUUGAAUGCCCUAUAGUGGAGCAAGUGUCUGAGCGUAUCACCAAAGUGAGGCCACCCCAAGGAUUUGCCUUGUUCCAGGCCAGAGAGGAGGCACAGAAGGUGAAACUGCUGCACAGGAUGCUGAAGAACCUUUUGGUGUUCAUGCUCUUCUUCCUGGUCAUCCUCAUCACAAACUAUGGGGAAGCCCCAAAAAACAACAGUGCUUACCUUCUUCAGCGCUCCAUCAGUCAGGAACUGGGCACUCACAAAUUCCUGCACAUUAAGAGGUCUGAUGAAUUCUGGGUGUGGGCGUCUGAGAUGCUGUUACCAUAUGUGCACCAUAAUCAGCCUCUGCAGCAGGGUUACAGCAGCAUGCUGGGAGUGGCCCGCCUGCGCCAGAUCCGACUGAAGGAAGCGUUGCCUACAUCAUGCAGCCUCCAACUCUUUUCCGCUGGAAGAUCCUGCCCAGAGCUCUUUGAUGAUGCCAUUUUUAAAAGUGCCACCCUCCCAUCACUCAACUGGUCCUAUUCCCCACCUGAUCAUACAGGAGCCUGGUACUGGGGAUUCCUUUCCUUCUAUGACACCUCUGGGUACGUGCAGCUUCUGCAGGGCAGCCAGAAGGAUAAUGAGGAACUCUUGGAGGAACUGCAGCAGAGCUAUUGGAUUGACAACCUCACAAGGGCCCUGUUUGUGGAAUUCUCCCUGUACAGCCCUGGAGUAGAACUGUACGCCUCGGUGACUUUGCUCCUGGAAUUCCCGCUGGCAGGCAGAGCUCUUCCAUCCGUCAACAUCAGAGCAUUCCCCUUGCUGCGCCUGACCAGUGGUACCCACCUCCUCCUGGUUAUGAUGGUUUUCCUGAUGAUGUUUGUAGUCUACUUUGUCCUUUCCGAGUGCCUUAUUAUCAGAAAGGAAGGACUCCAGUAUUUCACCCGCUUCUGGAACUACGUGCAGUGGCUGCUGACUGUACUGGCAGUCUGUACAGUGGUGGUGUAUCUCAGCAAGGCCAGUCUGGCUGACAGGCAGUGGGACCGUUACCUGAAAGACAAAGAGGCUUUUGUCAGCUUGUACCAAGUAGGCUUUCUGGGAAACACCUUUCACAGCCUGUCUGCCUCCAUCCUCUUUGUUCUCACUGUAAAGGCUGCCCAGCAGAUGCGAUUUAUCAGAGAGUGGUCUGCAUUUGGAAAAACACUCAGCCUGGCAGCGAGGGAGCUAUGUGCUGCAUCUGGCGCAGUCUUUGGACUGGUGUUGGUGUAUGCUCAGCUUGGAUUUUUGCUCUUCUCUUCAUCUUGGGAGAAAUUCCACAGCUUUGGCUCCAGCAUCUUGACCCUGUUUGCUGUGGCACGUGGCAAUGUCAGUUUGAAGGCACCCUUCCCAUAUUCUUCCACCAUCUCUCACCUCUACUUUGCGAGUUAUUUGGUACUGGAAGUCUGGAUACUGCUGCGAUUGUUUGCAGCAGUGCUGAUAAAUAGCUACCGCCAGGUGCGACUGGAAAUGUUCCGUCCAGCAUUCGAGCCUCAAGACUAUGAGAUGGUGGAGCUUUUCCUUAGGAGGCUGCGCAUAUGGAUGGGAGUCAGCAAGGUUAAGGAGUUCCGGCACAAGGUGCGCUUCGAAGGAAUGGAGCCGCUCCCUUCGCGUUCAUCCAGUGAUUCCAAAUCAAUCCGAGGCCUGACUCCAAGUGCCGCCUCUGACACUUCCUCGUCGUCUUCGUUUUCAACCAUCUCCAGCCAACUGGACAGCUUAAGUGCUAUCAGUGCCAGGGAGAGGGCGGAGAUAGAUGCCAAUGUGCAGAGGCUGGUGCCAGUGCUGGAUGCUCUGCUGUCGCAGUUUGAUCAGGUCAACCAGGCCACCGAGGAUGUAUAUCGCAUUGAGUGCUCCCUUGAGGGUGUACAAAAAAGGGCCUCCAAGAACAGAUUUGCUAAAAUUGGAAAACGUGGAAGACCUAAAACCAAGAAAAGCUUAUCCAACACUCAGCUGUCCAGUGGAACAUCCAGAAAUGUAGCGGGUUCCCAAGUACAUCUUUCCAAACCUGAUACUCACAGCGAGGUUGUAAAAGAUUCUAUGCAGGUUCUCAGACCAUCCACAGCUCCUCAGACAUUGGUGGGGAACUCGGGAGCCUGCAGGGUGAUUGCUGUGGAUAAAGCAAGGAAAGAAGAGCCAGCUAUGCAGAUCACAAACUUUGCCCAAAGCAAAAAGAGAAAGUCAAUACGGGCACAUAAUAGAGUUCACCCAAGUGUAAGUUAGCGGGCAUCUGUGUGUCCGGAUCAGCAAUACCUCUGGGAGCUCGUCUUAAGAGACAAGAAUGUUCUAUGCACUUACCAAGCCCCGAAGAAAUAAUGUUGGGUGCCAUUUCAGAUGAAAGUUUUGGGCUUUUUGUCUGGGAAGCUAGGAGAUCCACUGAUGAAGGCUCCUUCCUCACAGCAUCAGUUAAUUUUGUGUUUUCCUGCGUCCAAGCUUAAGGCAACCAACAGGACUGAAUCCAGAUGUCAUUAUAUGAGCCCUGGUGGCUCCUCAUGGUUUUGAACCCAAACCUUUGUAAGCCCAGGCGGCUCUAAAGAUUUCAUUGUCUCCCAUUAAAAGCCCUGGUGGCUGUGUUUUUAUAAGGUCCCUAAUCGAGGCCCUGGUGGCUUCUCAGAGUUACUUCCGUGAGCCCUGGUGGCUCCUGUAUUACUUAGGCUUGCAGGUAGCUGGCUGCCUUUAAGCGUGUCCUGUAAAUGGUGCUUAUGGGCUGGCGUCUGGAAAUGCUCAUUUACGAAAUGCCACAUCAAGUGUUCAAAGCGAUACUCAAGGAAUAGAGGGGAAGUGUUGCCUUUUGCAACUCCUUGGUGCUUUGAGGGACCACUGGCUUGUUAGCCACUCCUGUAGUCACAACAGGCCCAUUGGCUUCUUCCUUUUUGGUCUCUAUGUAAAUAUUUCAGGGUGCUGUAGGUUGCUGGACCUCAGCGGACCCUGAAUAAAGGGAAACAUUCCCCCUUCUCCUUAAGAAAAAAAACAUGGUCUCGCAGUGUAAAAGACCAUUGACCUCAUUAUGCACUUAGGAAACAAGGACUAAAUAUAGGAGAAGAAUCUAUAUGUUAUGUGUCAGAUGUUUCGUCUGGCGGUAUUACAGUAAAUCGCACUACGCUUUGCCUUAAAUGCUAAAUUUGAGUUUACGUGACACAUCUUCAACCUCUGGCUGGAAUAGAUCAACCCUCAAUAUUGUUAAACCACAAGCAAGCUACCUUUGGACGGUUUGGUGGGACCAGUACGUUGAUGACGGGUUUUUUUUCACCAUGCAAGGAAAGACCAUUUGCUGUGAUAGUUGCCAACCAUACCUUGCCAGAGGAACAAGCCCCAAAGGUGAAGAAGGGAACAAAGUUCUAAUUUGUUUUUUUUUUUUUAAAAAUGUUGGCCCUAAAAGUGGCAUUACUUCCAUAUAUAGGGAUGUUAAAGGGGCUACACAUACAUCCUUUACUAUUGAGUCGUUUCGAAUAUUGGUAUAUUCCAAAAAGGGUUGAAGACAAGAACUGAAACCGCCUGCACACUCUGCCCUUUAAUAGGCAGCACAGGUGCCUUAAAGACUUCUUAUCUUUCCAAAUGUUUUAAUGUUGUAUCUGUCAGUAUGUACUGUUAUUGCUGCGUAGCAGUUACCCCGCCUGCUGCCCUCAACCAGCUGAUCAACUACAACUUCCCGUAUCCAUUAGAAAGAUACUGGGAGUUGUAGUUCCAGAACGGGGGAAGGCCAUAAAGUUGUACAUCCCUCGCUCUAUACACAUACAUACAUACACACACAUAUAUAUAUAUUACGCAGUUUGCAUGGAGCGCCUAGCACUUUACCAAAUGCUUUACCACAUUUAACUCAAACAAAAAUAUUCAAGGAAAACAAAGAAGCAUUCGGUGGGGUCAAUCGUGAACUGAAAUACAAAGAGUAUAGUGGGCUGGGGAUUUAUUUUCCACUGGGUCCUUUUUCUCGCUCACCCUCCCGUGCUAAAAAGGGGCAACUAAUAAGGUUUGGUAUACCCCCUUGGUCUAACAUCAAGGGGUUUGUUAUUUCUUGCACCAAACAGGAAACUGAAAUCACUUUCUUACUUCCUGCCUCACUUCCUGGUUCUGGCGAGUCACCGUUUACAGAGUAGUAGGCAAUAAAACUAGUCCACAGAUAACCCCUGGGUAUAAGCAGCUGCCCCUUAUCACAAAGGCUGCAGCUUGUCGAAGGAUAAUUGAACGAUUACCCUGUUUCCAUAGGGAGAAGAGGUAGUUCAGGAAAAAGGAACACGUUUUCCUAAGCGCCUGAAAUUAGCAAUAAUUUGGCAAAAGAUUAAUAUUUUUGUAAUGAAUAAAAGAAAUGGAAUACAUAUGGAAGUCAUAUUUAUUCCAUUCAUGUUGAUCAGGUAUGUCGAGAUGUAAACUGCCCCAGCAAGUGCCCACCAUGUUGUAACAUCAAAAGAUAUGUAUUUCACUUUUUUUUUGCUAGGGCUAUGUAAUACUUUCCUUUUUAAUCGCCAUGCAGGGGUAAUCAGGUGUUAAUGCCUCAGAUCCUUGUCAGGAGGCAGCUAUAUUGUCCCCGAUGUGAUAGGAUUAAGUUAAAGGAGUGCUUGGGAUAUUGCUCUGACCACAAACCAGAGAAACCUUAGAUGACUUUCUGUUUUCCAAGCAGAGCAGCAUCACAAGUCGUUUCUUUUACUCACUAAAUUAAUUUUCGGCUGACUGCCAAAAUGAACAGGAGGUGGCGCUGUUGCAUCUUAAUAAUCUUAGCAGCUGCAACAUGGGGGAUAUCUGUCGAAGGGUGCUUUGAGCAACUGCAAUUUUACAUGAAUUGGUUUUGAGGUAUUACAUUGCCUUUAGUUUAUGGUUUUGCUUAUAUAUCUUGAAAAAAAGUCUCUUUAUAAGACAGCCCUCUGCCCCAACACAUCAAAUUGGAACAGUCCUGACUCCCUGUGCCUUAAUCUCUUAGUACCCACAAAUAGACACAGGGUGUAGCGGCCAAGGGUUAACGUGUAAUAUGGAAGGAAUUCAUUAUUUGCUCCCUUCCAUUGGGGGGGGGGGGUUUGGGAGUCAUCCUCUUUAGAUGUGGGGGUGAGCGAGACAGAGACUCCUUGGCGCAGUCCCACUAGCUCAUCACUAUUUGGAGACCUGUGAGUCCCAUUUACAGGUUGGAUAAUGUGUAUAUUUUUGCAGGUUUUGCUAUAUUUUGAUAGCAUUGGAAUCGUGAGCUGUAAAAGCACACUAAUGUUAUUUAAAUGAGGUAUUUUGUGCUCACGUGCCGUUGUACAUAUUUAUUUCUAAAUCUAAAUGGGAGGCUUUCGAUUUUUCCCGCCAAAGGCUGCACCAGCUGUUGUCGUACUACAACUCCCAUGAUUCACUGUGAGCAUGACAGGAGGUGUUGCUUGGGAGCUGCAAAGGUGUAAAAAAAAAGUUGAAUCAGUCCCAGUUUAAAUGGAUAGUGGCCAGGUAUGGACUGGGAUACAAAAUAGGCCCUGGCAGUUCAAGUACACAGAGGCCCAAACAGCCCCCCACCAGACCAAUUACAUUUUACAGUUGGGAAAAGCUGUGUCCAUUUGCAGCCGUGUCUCAUAUUUGCCAGUCUGUCAGAAAUUGUGUUUGCUAGGGUCAAAGCAUGUGACCAGAAGCAUCCAAUCAGGGCACAAGCUGAAUUUCCAGUCAGACAGACAUGGCCACCAUUUUAGUCAGCUUGCUGAAAUGGAAGCAGAAGGGUGAAUGGGAAGGAAACUAAGUUUUAUCCACAGAUAUAUUUUUUUGGGGUUUAAAAUAAAAAAAGGUUAUAUACUAAAAUAAAAUAGAGGUUAAAGACUACAGCCCAUGUGGAAAUCUAACUUCUUCGGUGAGGGUUGCUCCCAUAAGUAGAGGAAUGCUGGGAUUUGUAGUUCUACAACAGCUGGAGUUCUCGCUUUAGGUGACGCAGCCCACUGUUACACCACCUUACUUUUUAGAACAAGUAUGGUAGCGCCAUUUAUUAGAUAAACUGUAGGCCAAAGUGAGGUUAGCCGAUCACAUGACAAAUUAGGGGCCCUUUUUUUUAACAUUUUAGGUGAUUUUCAUUCAUUUUAGCGCAGCAAUGAGUGUAUAUAUUAUCAGUAUCCCUGGUUUUUCAAAUGAUCUGGUAACCUGAGGCCAAAGGCAGGAGCCGGGAGGGGAAAGCAUAUAAUGCAAGAAUAAACAUAUCUGAGCUGCUUUCUAAUUUAUAUUUUAUAUAUUUUGUAUAAUGGGAAUAUAGAUGAUGUUUUUGUGAGGUUUUUUUUUUUUUUUUUU